AUGACCGACCAGAAGAGCACCUUGUCGUUCUUGGAAUGGGACGAGCACGAUGUGAAAUCAUGGCUGUCUCGUCAGGGUUUCGAACAGUAUGCUCAGCUAAUCCUCGACGAAGGAAUCACAGGCGACGCUCUCCCCUACCUCGAUCCACCCGCUCUACAAGAUCUCGGGAUAGACAAGCUCGGUCACCGGUUAUCGAUAUGUAAAGCCAUCUACAACCUCAAGGUGGAGUUGACCAUGGCUGCGGCCGAGGCGGAUCCGGAGGAUGGGCUGUCGAGCCUGGACAAAGCGCUGGAAGACAGGUUGUGGGACGUGAUACAAGAGCAGAACGAGAGAAUCGCGAAUCUGGAGAGGGAGUACAGGAGGUUGGCUGCGGCGGUCGCGGGAACGAGCAAGGUUAGUCAGCGACUGCGAGGCCGGUUCUGCGUGGACGGACACGGACAUUCACAUUCUCAAUCGCAUACGAACAACCCGAGCGGGUUGACCCUGUCAAGCCCGAAUUUAGGAUCAUCACAAGCUUCUACGCCCGUUCCGACCGGUACCUCUGAACAUAUACAGAGUUUAGGCGUACGGACCCCGGCGAGUGCGUUGUUGAGAUCGGCGACGACUUCGCACCGGACCACUCCUGGUACAGCCCUCGCACCGACUUCAGCAGAAACACCGGUCUCACACGUCUCGGGAGCGAGUCACCAAGACAAACAGGUCAUCUCCGCCUCGGCACAGAAGAGUGCCAAAGACGCUGCUGGAGCCGCCGCAAAGAGUUUCAGGGUCACCUUGGAAGACCCAUGUUUCAAGGUCUUGCCUGCCGCGCUCAAGAAGUACAACAUCAACGACGAUUGGAGGAUGUACGCCAUGUUUAUCUGCUAUGGAGAUACAGGCGAGUCGAAGCGGUGUCUGAGCUACGACGAGAUGCCGUUGCUCCUGUUCCAAAAGCUGAAAGAGUCGGGUCAGAAACCGGUCUUCAUGUUGAGACAUAUCAAAGACAUCCGAUCACCUACAGCGAUUGCGGCGAGCAAGCAAGCCUCCCGGAAAGGGAAACCCCCUGCGGAAGGUGGGGCAAAUGCCUCUAAUGAUCCCAGUAAACCCGGCACGAGUCCGACCACAGCAACCAAGUCUGCCGGAUCGGACACUCGUCUCCAUCGUCCUCCCGUUCUCCAGCCCAUCUCCGCCAAAGCCAAGGCCGCUGGGACGGGAAGCAACGCAGCCGGAAGCGGGAAGACGACGCCAGGAAGUGCAGGUCAUGGAGCUUUUCCAGAUUUGCCGAGUCCCGGUCUGAGAGGCCCGCUCAUGGGUCAAGCUGGAGAACAGACGGAUGGGAAUCGCGAGUUCAAAAAGAUUGGGUAUGCGGUCGCUAUCUAUCCUUAUGCUGCCGAGAGGGAGGACGAGUUUGAUGUGGUCAUCGGAACGGCCUUUGUCAUUCUCAGCAAAGCCAAGGGGUGGUGGGUCGUACAGAAGGACGGAGAAGGUACUGGAGACAUUGUCGUUGAUGACAGCCAGAGCGGCUGGGUUCCUGCCGGUUGUCUGCUAGAGACAAAUCGACCGAUAGGCCCCCCAGCAACCCGCGUAGCGGGCGACUUGGGUGCACUGGCAAAGCAGCCCAUUCUCCCCUCAUACAUCGUGUCGAGCUCUUUCCAGGGUGUCGCUCUCAUGCAAUAUGAUGCCAAGGGCGAGGACGAACUGAGCAUGCGCAAGGAUGAGCAGCUUCGCGUAUUCAAACGUUACGCCCAUUGGUCUUACAGUGUCAAGGAGACGGGUGAACGAGGCUGGGUGCCGUCAUGGUUCGUCGGUAAGUCCGCCGGCGGUGAAGCUGCAAGACUAAAACGUAACACGGCCCUCAUGUGCAACACUCAAUACACAGGCAAGAGAGGUCCCGAGGGUUCGUCCAGUACUUCAUCAGGCACCGCAAAGGCCGUCGAGGGUCUCGCUGGUGGCGAGUCGACUAGGCAUGACGAGUAG